AUCGCUGCACUGUGCGCUACUGAGGACCUGAUCGAAAAGAGCGGGAAGGAGCAUCUCAUCUGCGCCACAGGCAAACGUGACUGACUUAUUUGAAGAGUUUACUUCAAGGUUCAGCGUCUCUUUGUCCUCGCAUGUACCUGCAAACACGACACCUCCCAGAGGAACAUAAACCUUUUAGCUGGCUACUCCUGCCGGGACUGCGUCCUCGCCACAAGACGUACAAGAAGACGCCAAAGCACCGUCCAUGGGGAGGCGGGAUAGUUGAUUUGAAGCACUUCACCCUGAUAAUACAACUCCAAAGAUCCUUCCACAUAUUUUUCACACUGCGUGCAUAAAGGAAACAGCGAACAACAACUGGAGACACCGCUUUCUGCAUAACUUUUGCCAGCGCAACCUGGUCGCAAUGUAGCCAUCUCUACAUUCACUGAGGUGAUGCGCGCAAGCGACCCUGUGGCAGCAUUUGGUAGUUAGACUGACGCCUUAUGCGAAGAUCUUUCGCUACACGAAAACUAACCGAACUGCCUCUUGUAUCAAACAGGAGUACAGUCCCGUAUCAAGCAGCACCCACACUCUCACCUUCCGUGUCAGAACAUGUCGCUUCCGUCCGAUGCGCAGAAGUGGGUCCGGUGUGA